CUCUACAAGUUUCUAUUGCUUGACAAAGAAGCAAUCUUAAGUUGCAAGAAGAACCCUAAAAAUUGGCUAAGUGUUUCUUCUGUUUUGGGGUGUCCACUUUGCAAGGUCAUUCCUCACAAAUGGCUUGAUAAAAAUUCAAGGAGAAGGAUUGGAAGCGAAGUCCAGAUGUUUAUCUACAUGUUGGAAGGAUUGAAGGAUCAGAAUCAAGUCAUUAAGGCCAUUUUCCAAAGCCCUUAGAGAUGUUAUGUCAAAACCGAAAAAUUGCCUAGAUUUGACCAAGUAUGGAAACGUGUUUAGAAAGCCUAAUUUGGAGUCCUAUUCGUGCUAGAUGAGUGAGAAUCGAGGCAAGAGGGCUACACCACAUGAAAGUACAAGUUCUCUACUACAACCUCAAGGAAUUGGUUGAGCCCAAACUUACCUCUAAGGCUUCGAAUGAAGAUUUCGAAGAUCGUAUGAAGCCUGUGUUUUCUGUCUAGCCUCUUAAGCAAACUGUUUUCCUUAUGCUAUUAGGAUUCGAGCUCCUUGUGUUGUUAUGCGUUUAAUUCUGAGCAAUGCAGUUAAAAUUGCGCUUUAAAACUUAAAAGCUUACAAUUUUACCCUUCUAGGUUACCAAAACGCUUCUACAUAGAUUCGCUCAUUUCCCUUGCAAGUGUAGUCAAAAUCUACGCUUUAAAUCUUAAAAGCUUACGAUUUUACACGUUUAUGUCACCAAAACACUUCUAGGUAGAAUCACGCUUUUGACUGCAUUGAUUCCUAGUUGUGUUGAGUUUAGGACUUCUUUAUUCGUUUGUAAACCUAGCUAGCUCUAUUUAAACCUUUCAAUUGCAUUGUAAAGUUAGUUUUUUUUCAAUUGAAUAAAAACCCGAGUUUGGCUUAUCAAGCAUCUUGCUUCGUGAAUUUGAGUGAGCAACUUUGUGGAUUCUAGGUUGUUUGUGAGCUUGUAUCGAUCAAUCAUACACAAUGAUCGUGGCCUUGCAUCGAUUUAUACUUUUCGAGCCUCUCUCCCCCUUAUGAAAGUUGCACGAAAGUUCCAUACCAACAUAAAAAACCUAUCCUGUUUUUGUGUUACAUUCGAAGGUUCAAUUCAAUCUUUGAAUUGAUCUUUAGCUGAGCUACUCUGAUUCAAAUCCAACUUUAGGGUUGCAUCAAGUGGCAUCAGAGCCUGGUUCAACACAGUGGCAACGACGAAGAAGAAGGAUUUACCUGUUGCUACAAGAACGAGGAAGAAGGAUCUGAUUGCCCUGCGGACCAAGAAGGGUCAGAGUCUGACGAGCAGACUCAAUUGGACCAGCAAACCAUGUGCGAUUCAUCUCUCAAUGCGGCCGAGGUUCUGUAAUCGAUGGUUGCAACCUUUCAGGACCAGUUCAAUCAAAUUAAUCGGCAGUUAGCCGAGCUAAACAUGAAGUUCAACAGCCAUGUUCCGUCGGCAAAUGUAACAGAGCAUGCUGAGAUGCUGGAGGCAACUAGGAACCAGGAUGUUCCAAUUGGAGAUGACCUGGCCUUAGUGGCACACAUCCAACAAUUGGAGCGUCAGGUAAUUACUGCCGAGAACGAGCACCAUCACGAAUUUCGUGUUCAGGUUUGUCGUCCCACUAAAAACACGAUGGUAGAGCUCCUAUGAGUGAAACUUACUGUCCCUUCCUUUUAUGGCUCCAACAACGCCUCAAUAUAUGUGGAUUGGGAGAGAAAAGUAAUUCUUUUCUUUCAAUGUGUGAAUCAUACGCAAUCUCAGAAGGUUCUCUAGUCGACAUGCGAAUUUACGCAUUAUGCUGCUCAUUGGUGGGAGCAAAUCCGAAUUCGACGUCAGCAUAAUUUGCAGCAGGAGGUUUAGACUUGGACCGAGUGAGAGGUCUCAUGAGAGAUCGAUUCGUGAUUGGAUAUUACUAGUGCAAAUUGUACGGAUCUCUCUAGCAAAUUCGGCUGGGAACUCGGCCUGUUGAAGACUACUUCAGAAAAUGGAAUUGCUUCUGAUGAGGGCUGACAUAAUAGAAGAUCGGGAAGCUACGAUUGCCUGACUCUUGCACGGAUUGAAUUGUGACAUUCAUCUAGAGGUGGAGCUGAGAUCCUUUGUGGACCUCAAGGAAGCUAUUUGAUUCGCCAUUAAGAUCAAGAAGCAGCAGAAGUCUUCAAGCAUGAAGUUUGUUCCGGCAACCAAACCGGCAAUAGAGUCAAACUCCGACUCUGAUUCGCCGCAAUUACGACCCAAUCCCAAAAAAUACUCCCAGGAUUGUUGCUCCAGCUGCCAUAGAGAAAAUGAUUCAUCCAAUGCUUUAAGUUCCACGACCAAGGACAUAAAGCUAAUCAGUGUCCAAACACCAAGGAUUUGGUAAUCAGAGACGGUGAAUACAUCACAGAUGACAAGAAAAGCACAUGAAGGAAGAAGAGGUCCAUGAGGAGAUCGAAGUGGAAGAAGCUCCAACUAGGAAUCUUUUGGGAGUCAGUAGAAGAGCCUUGACAUUGGAAUUGUCGCCGGAUGCAAGUCAGCGUGAAAAUAUGUUUCACUCCUGAUGUAUUGUUUAUGGAAGUUUGUUGUCUUUGAUUGUCGAUGGAGGCAGUUGUGCCAACGUAAUCAUCCAAGACGUGGUGACAAAGCUUGGCCUAAGCAUGAUCAAGCAUCCUGAGCCAUAUAAUCUUCAUUGGCUCGAUGAUUAUGGGGUGACCAGAGUCACUAAGCAGGCACGGGUAAAGUACGAGAUCGGAAACUACAAAGACGAACUUAUGUUCGACGUCCCACCGAUGCAAGUUGUACAAUUGCUUCUAGGGCGUCCCUAGCAGUUCGACAUAGGCAUAUGUCACUAUGGUGGAACGAAUUGCUACAAGGUCUGGCACGGUGGGAAGAAAAUCCUACUAAAGCCUUGUUGUCGGAGGAAGUUCGUGAAGAUCAGCGUCAGCUGGAGGCUAAUCGAUGGUGAACCAUAGGUGAAUCGAGUGAGAAACGUCCAGAAGAACCCAAUGCAGCAAAUUUCUUAGCUCGACGUUUCAUGUUGACGACAUACAAGCAUAGGUUGUAUAGCAAAGAUAGCAAUAUGUUUGAAGUACGGAUGCAAUAAGGGCAUCUUUUAAUGGGUCAUGCAAAUGCAGAUGGGAAUGAAGCAUAAAUGUCAACUCAAGUGAUGCGGGGUGGGAAUGUCAAAAAGGUAGAAAAGAGAAAAGAGUUAUAGAGGAGCUUGACAUAGAGAAGGAAGGAGAUCUUCCAAAGUUACCCCAUUUAAAGAUCAACUUGGAAGGUGUUCAAGCAAUAGAAUAUGUGAGUGCUUUCGGUUUCUUUUGUUGUGGUGUGAUUUAUGUAAUUAGUGGGGUUCCUCUGUUUUUUUUUAUGGUUUUCUUAGUUGCGUUUUUGGUGUGCAUUGAAAGGGUUAUGGUUUCUAUUCGUCCGUUGUAGGUUUAUGCUGAUUAUUUUCUAGUAUUUAUUUAAAGGGUUGUGGUUUGCAUUAGGGUGUUUGUGGUGCACUUUAUUAUGUUUCUUGUGUGCAUUCAAAGAGUUGUGGUGUAGUUUAUUUUAUGUUUUUCAACAGUGUUAAUGGUUGUGUAUUUUCUGGUGUUUAUUUAAAGGGUUGUGGUUCGUAUUAGUGUGUUUGGGGUCUACUUUGUCUGCUUCUGGUGUGUAUUUAAAGAGGUUUAUGGUAUGAUUUUCUAGUCAUUAACAUUGUUUGGUUUUUCUCCGUUCUGGAGGGAUAUAAGUUGAAGGGUGAUCUAGAAGCUCAUAAGAGGGUUUUGUUAAGGGUUGUUGAGCAUUACAAGAAGAACAUUGGACAAGUUAGUGAUCAUAUAAAGAUGUUGGAGGGGCAAAGGGUAGGGAGAAGUCAUUUUGAUCUAGAUAUUGAUGAUAAUGAUGUGAAUGAUGGUGUGGGUAAGGACAACAAGGAUCUCUAGAUAUUAGUGACAAUGAUGGUGGUAAUGAUGUUGCGAAAGAAAAUGUUGGGAGUCAUGGUGAGAAUGAUGAGUGACUCAUUCCUAACUACACAUCCCAAUCGACGACCAAGUAUAACCGACGACCGGGUGUAGCAUAGGGUAAGCAAGCAAUAAUAAUUUAUCGUACCACGGGGAUCUAAGCUUACCUUACUUUGAGAUUAGGGUUCGUUAUCUAGCCAACCUAAGAUAGCGAUUAGGAAAACUAAACUAACUAACCUAGCCAACCACUAACCUAGCUAUUUACAAGGUUGGAGCUCACUUAGGUUUUAAUCCCCCUAGUUCUAUCAUUUGGAACGAUGUUGAGUAUAAUUCUCGCUUAAUUGAUUCACUACUCUACAGUUCCAAAAUAGACUCCCUCGCGAAUAACCCGGAACGGUGAAUCGAUGGAUGGGUAGGUGCUCUAUUCAACCUAAGGUUUCAUACAUUGCUAGGAGACCGAUUGAAUCAACUUCCUCGAGAAUUACCUGGACAAUAGACGAUAGGAGUGACCCAAAGACGCCAAUAGUGGGCUCUAAGGGGAUUUUCUCCCUACUAGUUCAAAAGCUCAAAAUAUGAAAUGGAAACCAAACCCAUGCCACUCAUUAAAACAUCCAUCAAUUAAGUAAAAUCAUCAAUCAAGCAUGGAAUUUUUGACAUACAUCAACAUAAAACCAAAACCUAGACCUAGGGUUCUUAAACCCAAGAGAAGAGGGCAAGUUUCUAGAGAGAGAAGAGAUAGAUUACAAAUUGGAGCACAAGAUCUUCUUCUUCUUCUAGGCUUGAUUCCUUGCUUCCAAACUUGAUCAAUGCCUACAAUUAAGCUCCAAGAUCACUCAAGAACUCUCUCUCUCACUCACUAGAACUUCCCUUUGGUGUUUUGGGUCAAAAACCUAGAGAGAGAAUUGAUUUCUCCUCCGAAAAUUCACCUCCCCUUUCUCUCUCCGCACUGUUGUCUUUAUAUUUGCUCAACAGUGCCGACUUCACGGUUACUGUUCAUGGCAAUGAUAAUAGAUAGAAGUGGGUGAUCUCGGCCAAAAAUGCAGCAUUUUGGGCCAUUUUCACGGUUGGGGGUGAUUUUCACGCCUGGGAGACCGUGACAAUAAGACUCAGCCUGUGACUUUUGACUGUUCUUCACUUUUUGGCUCUUUUCGACCUCCAAUCAUCCCGAAACUCGUCCCAGACCUUCCCACAUGUACUAGGACCUGAAAUGUGAGAAAAGAAGCACAAACUAGCGUAAAAUAGGUCGAGGGACAGGACGAUGAUAUACCAAGUCAAACGGAUAAGAAAUAAGGGGUAAAAUGUGUACAAUUGGACCCGAAUCACACCUCCACACUUGAACGUUUGCUUGUCCCCAAGCAAACCAAGUACAAAACAAGGUAAGCUUACAACUUAUUUUUAAACAAAAGUUUUGGGGCAUGUCAUAGGGCACAAAACAAAUGAAUCUCGAUGGCCAUUAGACAUCAAUACAUGAACAACAACAACAACAACAACAACAAUCAUAGUAACAAUCAUAGUAACCAUGGAAAGGAAGAGUUCUCAUCUUGUUCGCAAAACCAAAACAUAACAUGUAAUGACGACUCACCAAUCACAGUUAACCAUGCAUAAAGAUCACGUCAUAGGAACGAAUGAGUGAGCAAACUAGGUCCUCAUCGGGAUACAUGAUCAGAACAAGGCAUGAGGAAUGAAUCACUCACUCUCGACCAAUGGGGUCAGAACCAUUUUGAUGCAAAAUAUGUGCAUACUCAAAAACUUAGCCCUAUAGUCUCUUCACCAUGAUGAUAACCUCUAAAUGUUAGAGUUCACAAGAUGGUUUUCAUCACCAGCUUGUCUGGAGGCCUUAGACAUGGGUUCGAAUGACUGGCUAGGGUGUAGGACAUGGGGAAAAUGCUUUUUGGGUGGUGGCAAACAUAGCAUGAGAUUACACAUCUUCAACCUAAAACCAACACAAGAUUCUAUUGUUUCGACUAGAACCCUCUACUACAAGAAAUGACCACUAACAUCGGCCAAAAACCACACUUCCCACAAUUUCAAACCAUAACUAAUCACCAAACCAUUCACAACAAACUUUUUUGCCUACGCUUGCUAUCAAACUUUUCAAGCACUAGAGUGAAGGAGGUAAACAAUCAUGUACGUGUUUCUAAGCUUGACUGCUAAGAAACACAUUUUUAGAGC